AUGGUAGGCAAGAAUGGCCAGAUCACUGAGGCACUGUCGUACCUCCAUCUCUCGGAGCAGUUGGUCCAUCGCAACGUGUGCCCACAGUGCGUACUGAUCACUAAAACUGGAAACUGGAAACUUGUCGGCCUCGGGUUUGCAGAGAAAGUGGUGGACAGCAAGGAAAAGUUUCCAUGCCAACCAUGGACCACAAAGGCCUCAAAGCUUGCUCAACCCGACCUGAACUUCAUGGCACCCGAAGUUCAAGUUGAAAAGAAGUUCAGCGUGAUAAGCGACAUUUUCUCGCUUGGCAUGACAGUUUGCUGCAUUUUCAACCAUGGGAUGCCGCUGAUUAAUGCUGAAUACAACCCCCAAGUGUACAUGAAGCAGCUUGACCAUUUAACUCAGCAGUUUGGAGAAGUUGCCCAUCGCAUGCCCCUGGCACUGGUAGAACCUGUAGAGAAGAUGAUCAACAAGGAUACCAGAUACCGACCCACUGCUCAGCUCUUCUCACUUUUGAAGUAUUUUCAUGACCCGGUGGUGUCGUGUUUACAGCGACUGGACAACUUGGACUUGCUGGAGACCCAGCAACAGAGGGCCGAGGUGUACACAAACUUGAUACAAGUCAUCCCAGACAUACACAAGAAAGUUCUGUAUGGUCAAGUCCUACCAAACCUUGUUGACUGGUGCCUCUGUGUGGAGACCAUGUUUCUAGCCCUGCCUGCAAUGUUGGCCCUCAUUGACUAUGUGACACUGCAAGAUUACAAGACUGUGAUACUUCCAAAAUUCCGGAUCAUAUUGAAUGCACCCAGACCAAUGCAGGCCACUGUGUACAUCUUAGACAAGCUGGAGGUGAUACUCGCCAAGUCAUCUCUGGAGGAUAUCAAGACUGAAAUCAUUCCACUUGUAUUCAACACUCUGGACUCAAACUCAAUUCAGGCUCAGGAAGCAGCGUUAGGUUGCAUGCGGCUUUUGAAGGAAUAUCUGGACGACAAUAUAAUGAAGAACAUGGUGCUACCACGUGCAAAGUCACUGUACAACAAGUCAGACAACAUCAAGAUGAGAAUCAAUGCGCUGACAUGUAUUGAUACAGUACUGGACAGUCUUGACAAAAUGAUGAUUCUUGACGAUGUUUUGCCAUUCCUCAUGGACAUCACGCUCGGUCAGGACCCUAAGAUUGUCAUGGCUGUGGUUGGCAUCUACAAGCACUUGCUCAGUGACAAGAAGUUUGGACUGACUCACAACCUGAUCGCUACGAGGGUCAUGCCCCCACUGAUCCCUCAGACAGUGAACCCAGGAUUGUCCAUGGAGCAGUUCAGUGCCUUAAUGGAGGUCUUACGUGAAAUGCUGGAGCACAUUGACAGGAAGAGGCGUGACAAGAUGAAGCAGGAAACCGUCACUGUUCCCAUACCCCAAAGAGGCCUUAUUAACAUGCCCGCAGAGAGCCAGAGCAAGGACCCUGCCCGCAAUUUCCUGUCAGUAGAUGAUGCCAUGCAUCUACAGAAAAGCAGAACAGUUCCUGCUACACCAGAAUCACAGCCGAGGGUGUUGAAGAAUCUAAAAACGAAAACUAUUUCUCAAAAUGCAUCAGGCGGAUCAUUAGAUGAAUGCCUGGCCCCACCCCAACCCUCAGAGCUGCCACGACGACACAGCUUAGCCCCUCCCCAAACCUCCAAUGCUCCAAUCAUCAGCCUAACAAACGAAGACGGAACCGAAAAGAAACGACGCUCAAGCGCACAGAGUCUUGGACCAUUCUCAUUUUCUGUAAGUUUGUUUGGGGAUGCGCGCCGUAGCUCGCUGUUUUCCUCCGAUUCCCGUAGAUCGUCAGACCGUCUGCGUCGUCCCAGCACCCAUAGUGUGGGUAUUCUGCCCAUCGCCUCCUUUGGCGAGAGUGAGCGGCCCCGCAAGCCCAGCACCCACAGUCUGGGGAUCUUGCCCCUGGGGUGGGGUGAGGAGUACAAUGGACGCCGCCCUAGCGCUGCCAGUCUAGGGCCCUACUGGAUGAACGUAAGCCCAUGGAUGUCUCCUGACCCAGAUUCCUAUCCACCCCCUUGA